AUGAGAUGGCGUAGAACAUUCGAGGAUCUUGACCUUUUGGCAUUGAGUCUUAGAGAGAAACUCUUACAAAAAUGUAUAAAUCGUACUACCGGUCAAAUGACCGUUCGUGGUAGUUUGCGAGACACUGAUCUAGACGAACACCUUAAAUUAUUAUCAAUUCUGUUGGAGGUCCUACGAGAAGCAAAAUUGACAAUCAAUCGAGAAAAGAGCAGUUUCGCGUGUCGGAGUGUUAAGUAUCUCGGAUACAUUAUUAAUGAACACGGGAUGCGGCCGGACCCCGGGAAAAUUCAACCAAUAACUAAUUAUCCUGUGCCGCGCGAUCGCACUCAGCUUCGGCAAUUCAACGGAAUGGUUAACUGGUACCAUCGACACUUGAAAAGUAUUGCUAAGGUCCAAGGACCAUUAAAUAAAUUAACAAGUCCUAAACAUCCAUGGCGAUGGACUGAUGACGAACAGAAAGCUUUUGAUGAAGUGAAACAAUCUCUGAUAGUCAUUCCGCGCUUGUGCGUGCCGGUCCCGGGUCAACCGUUUAUCCUGUAUACAGACGCUAGUGAUUUUGGAUCAGGGGCAAUACUAGUACAGAAGGACCUGGAGACAGAUUAA